AUGACUUCGGUCCCCACAGCCAAGUGGAACAUGAGCACGAGCAGCAGGUGGAACGUGAGCCUUGUUGAAGCAGGAGAUCCCUGGGGACAGGCUCUGGAAGCACCAGCAGCAAAUGCUUCUGCCCCUGUAGCUUCCUCAGCAGGCAACUUCUCCAAUCAGUUCGUGCAACCUUCCUGGCGCAUUGCCCUGUGGUCUCUGGCUUACGGUGGCGUGGUGGCGGUGGCCGUUUUUGGGAACCUGAUUGUCAUCUGGAUUAUCCUGGCUCACAAGCGCAUGAGGACAGUGACAAAUUACUUCCUGGUGAAUCUGGCCUUCUCUGAUGCCUCCAUGGCUGCUUUCAAUACUCUCAUCAACUUCAUCUACGCGCUGCACAGCGAGUGGUACUUUGGAGAGGCUUACUGCCGCUUCCACAACUUCUUCCCAAUCACAGCUGUCUUCGCCAGCAUCUACUCCAUGACAGCCAUCGCUGUGGACAGAUAUAUGGCCAUUAUUGAUCCCUUGAAACCUAGGCUCUCUGCAACUGCUACCAAGGUGGUCAUUGGGAGCAUAUGGAUUUUGGCAUUCCUGUUGGCCUUUCCCCAGUGCCUAUACUCCAUAACCAAGGUGAUGCCUGGGAGAACUCUUUGCUAUGUAGCAUGGCCAGGUGGUCCAAAACAGCAUUUUACGUAUCAUGUUAUUGUGAUUGUGCUGGUCUACUGCUUCCCACUGCUCAUCAUGGGCAUCACUUAUUCCAUGGUGGGAAUUACCCUCUGGGGAGGAGAAAUACCAGGCGACACAUCCAACAAAUAUCACGAGCAGCUCAAAGCUAAGAGAAAGGUGGUAAAAAUGAUGAUUGUGGUUGUGCUGACAUUUGCCGUCUGCUGGCUGCCCUACCACAUUUACUUCAUAGUCACUGGCAUCUAUCAACAAUUAAACCGGUGGAAAUACAUUCAGCAAAUCUAUUUAGCCAGCUUUUGGCUUGCCAUGAGCUCUACAAUGUACAAUCCCAUUAUCUACUGCUGUCUUAAUAAGAGGUUCCGAGCUGGCUUCAAGCGAGCUCUGCGCUGGUGCCCCUUCAUUGAGGUGUCCAGCUAUGAGGAGCUGGAGCUGAAGGCAGCCAGGUUCCACCCCACACGGCAGAGCAGCCUCUACGCUGUGUCCAGGAUGGACUCCAGCAUGACCGUGGUGUUGGACACCAACGAUGGAGACAGCGUGCACGCCAGCCAUAAGAAAAGAGCAGCUCCAAGGGACCUGAACUUCAAUGGUUGCUCACAGAGGAAUUCUAAGACUGUCUCCUCGGCCUCAAGCCUCAUCAGUUCACUGCAUACAUCAGCAGAUGUUUAUUCCUAA